AUGUUGGUUUGGAAAUGGUUCCAAGAUGCCACUGCUCGUAGAAUAAAUGUCAGCGGUCCACUGAUUAACGAGAAGGCAUUAAAAUUUGCCGAAGAUUUGGGAAUAGCGAGUUUCAAAGCGUCAAAUGGGUGGCUGUAUUCAUUCAGACAUAGGCACAACAUCGUCGCAGGUACACUAAGUGGGGAGCGAGGUGACGUAAGUGACACUGCAGUUGAGGACUGGAAAUCAAAGUUGCCAGUGGUGUGUGACGGGUAUGCUCCUAAGGACAUUUUCAAUAUGGACGAGACCGGUCUGUUUUACAGGGAUACAACAGAGGCAACCCUUAAAGUGAAAGGUGAUGAAUGUGCUGGCGGUAAGCGCUCUAAGGAGAGACUGACCGUGGCACUAUGUGCAAGUAUGACCGGAGAAAAAUGUGUUCCUCUAGUCAUAGGAAAGUGCAAGAAACCACGCUGUUUUAAAUACAUAACACCAGAAUCUCUACCAGUAACAUACACCAACAACAAGAAAGCAUGGAUGAACACCGGAUUGUUGAGUGGUGGCUGCAGAGAUUUAACUGCAAGAUGA